GGCAACUAUGGAGAAAGUGGGAUGGAGGCUUUCAAAGACAUGUCAGCCAAGGAAGGGAUUUGCAUCGCCCACUCUUACAAAAUCUACAGCAAUGCAGGGGAGCAGAGCUUCGACAAGCUGCUGAAGAAGCUCAGAAGCCACUUGCCCAAGGCCCGGGUGGUGGCCUGCUUCUGUGAGGGGAUGACAGUGAGAGGUCUGCUCAUGGCUAUGAGGCGCCUGGGUCUAGUAGGAGAAUUUCUGCUCCUGGGCAGUGAUGGCUGGGCUGACAGGUAUGAUGUGACAGAUGGAUAUCAGCGAGAAGCUGUGGGUGGAAUCACAAUCAAGCUCCAGUCACCGGAUGUCAAGUGGUUUGACGAUUAUUAUCUGAAGCUCCGGCCAGAAACAAACCUCCGAAAUCCUUGGUUUCAAGAAUUUUGGCAGCAUCGUUUUCAGUGCCGGCUGGAAGGGUUUGCACAGGAGAACAGCAAAUACAACAAGACUUGCAAUAGUUCUCUGACUCUGAGAACACAUCAUGUUCAAGAUUCCAAAAUGGGAUUUGUGAUCAACGCAAUCUACUCCAUGGCCUAUGGGCUUCACAACAUGCAGAUGUCCCUCUGCCCAGGCUACGCGGGCCUCUGCGAUGCAAUGAAACCAAUUGAUGGGCGGAAACUUUUGGACUCCUUGAUGAAAACCAAUUUUACUGGUGUUUCUGGAGAUAUGAUCCUAUUUGAUGAGAAUGGAGACUCCCCAGGAAGGUAUGAAAUCAUGAAUUUCAAGGAAAUGGGAAAAGAUUAUUUUGAUUACAUCAAUGUUGGGAGCUGGGACAAUGGAGAAUUAAAAAUGGAUGAUGAUGAAGUCUGGUCCAAGAAAAGCAACAUGAUCAGAUCUGUUUGCAGUGAGCCAUGUGAGAAAGGCCAGAUAAAGAAAACUGAGGUUGAAGAUGGACAUAUCGGUGCUCAUGGUCACACAGUAAGUAGUUGUGAUUUGAUCCCCGUACAGUAUCUUCGCUGGGGUGACCCUGAGCCCAUUGCAGCUGUGGUGUUUGCCUGCCUCGGCCUGCUGGCUACCCUGUUUGUUACUGUAGUCUUCAUCAUUUACCGUGAUACACCAGUAGUCAAGUCCUCCAGCAGAGAACUCUGCUACAUUAUCCUUGCAGGCAUCUGCCUGGGCUACCUAUGUACCUUCUGCCUCAUCGCAAAGCCCAAACAGAUUUAUUGCUACCUUCAGAGAAUUGGCAUUGGUCUCUCCCCAGCCAUGAGCUACUCAGCCCUUGUCACCAAGACCAACCGUAUUGCAAGGAUCCUGGCUGGCAGCAAGAAGAAGAUCUGUACCAAAAAGCCCAGAUUCAUGAGUGCCUGCGCCCAACUGGUGAUUGCUUUCAUUCUCAUAUGCAUCCAGCUGGGCAUCAUUGUCGCUCUCUUUAUAAUGGAGCCUCCUGACAUAAUGCAUGACUACCCAAGCAUCCGGGAAGUCUACCUGAUUUGUAACACCACCAACCUAGGAGUUGUCACUCCUCUUGGAUACAAUGGAUUGUUGAUUUUAAGCUGCACCUUCUAUGCGUUCAAGACCAGAAAUGUUCCAGCUAACUUCAACGAGGCCAAGUAUAUUGCCUUCACAAUGUACACCACCUGCAUUAUAUGGCUAGCCUUUGUACCAAUCUACUUUGGCAGCAACUACAAAAUCAUCACCAUGUGUUUUUCAGUCAGUCUAAGCGCUACAGUGGCUCUAGGCUGCAUGUUUGUGCCGAAGGUAUACAUCAUCCUGGCCAAACCAGAGAGAAACGUGCGCAGCGCCUUCACCACAUCCACCGUGGUGCGCAUGCAUGUGGGGGAUGGCAAGUCAUCCUCAGCGGCCAGCAGAUCCAGCAGCCUAGUCAACCUCUGGAAGAGGAGAGGCUCCUCUGGGGAAACCCUAAGGUACAAAGACAGGAGACUGGCCCAGCACAAGUCGGAAAUAGAGUGUUUCACCCCCAAAGGGAGUAUGGGGAAUGGUGGGAGAGCAACAAUGAGCAGCUCCAAUGGAAAAUCUGUCACAUGGGCCCAGAAUGAGAGAAGCACCCGGGGACAGCACCUGUGGCAAAGGCUGUCUGUUCACAUCAACAAGAAGGAGAACCCCAACCAAACGGCUGUCAUCAAGCCCUUUCCUAAGAGUACCGAGAUCCGCAGCCUGGGCGCGAGCAGCUUGGGCGCAGCCACAGGUACAGGCGGUGCUGGCGGCUCAGGUGCCGGCCCCAGCGGGCCUGAGCCCCCAGAAGCCAGCCCCAAGGCGCUGUAUGAUGUGACGGAGGCCGAAGAGCACUUCCCGGCGCCCGCACGGCCGCGCUCGCCGUCGCCUAUCAGCACGCUGAGCCACCGCGCUGGGUCGGUCAGCCGUACAGACGACGAUGUGCCCUCACUGCAUUCGGAGCCCGCGGCGCGCAGCAGCUCCUCGCAGGGCUCGCUCAUGGAGCAGAUCAGCAGUGUGGUGACCCGCUUCACGGCCAACAUCAGCGAGCUCAACUCCAUGAUGCUGUCCACCACAGCUCCCAGCCCCGGCGUGGGCACCCCACUCUGCUCCACCUACCUGAUCCCCAAAGAGAUCCAGCUGCCCACGACCAUGACCACGUUCGCCGAAAUCCAGCCUCUGCCCGCCAUUGAGGUCACGGGUGGUGCGCAGCCUGCGGUGGGGGCCCCGCCGGCCGGGGGCGCUGCCCGGGAGACCCCUGCGGCCGGGCCCGAGGCUGCUGCGGCUGGCAAGCCGGACUUGGAGGAGUUGGUGGCUCUUACCCCGCCAUCCCCCUUCAGAGACUCGGUGGACUCGGGGAGUACAACCCCCAACUCGCCCGUGUCCGAGUCGGCCCUCUGUAUCCCCUCAUCUCCCAAAUAUGACACACUUAUCAUAAGAGAUUACACUCAAAGCUCCUCAUCCUUGUGA